UGACCUCCUGAGGUCCCUUCCAACCCUGAGAUUCUGUGAUUCUAUGAAAUAACUCCAGGUUAAUUUUGGGGGGUAGGAGGAGAGAAAUACAAUCAAUUUUUCCCAAAUAGAGAAGGGAAAAAUAGAGACAUUUUACCUUCAUUCUUCUUAGUGGGGGUUAUAAAAAGUUGAGAACAAAAUAAAUGUAAAGCUAUGUGAAACAGCAAUUUGUUUCUAAAAUGAUGGUUGAAUUGGCAAGGACUCUGUGGAGGGAGAGUAGCAGAGGACAUUGGAAAUCUCUUGCUGUAAUAGCACUUUAAAAACUGCUGACGCUACCUGGAAAAUUUAAAAAUAAAAAUUCAGCUUUAAAGGUACACUGGCAGGAUAAGUGUCACCAUUUGAAAAAAAAAAUAUCCUUACCUAUGCCAUGUUACUAACAAUACCUUAGACUGUUAAAAUGGAACCAUCUACAAUCUUCUUCACCUUUCACUAAUAAUUAUUUGAGGUUCUUCUAAGAUCCCACUUCCUCAAAGGCUCUACAUAGCAGAAAUUAUCCCUCUGGCCCAGGAAGGAAGGAUGUAACUCCCUCUAUGGCUUGUGAAUGCUGCUCUUGCAGUCAGCCCGAGGGGACUGUCAGACAGUGAGGCAAGGCACUCCACUCCCCUCAGGAGCUAAGGGGGCUGUCUGUUCUUAGCAACAUUCAGAGUUCUGCACCUAUGUUGCUACACUAAAAAUCCCCAGAAACACACACAUGAACCCUCUUUAAUGCAGGUAUUGAGGUGGACUCAGCUGUUGCGAAAUGAUGGGGAAAAUUCAGACCCAGGAGAUAUUCGCCUUUGAUAGCAGCAAUUGUAUUGCUUGCCCCACUGCCAACACAUGCCAAGAAAACUUCACCUUUCCGCCUCAAGGGGCUGAAAGGAAUUCAUCCAUGAGCAGUCAGUUCAUACCAUUGCAUUUGGCAGGCUGAUGGUUAUGUGACUUGUCAAGUGACUUAACUUAAUUGUUCCCCACCACCCUCCCCAUCAAAGACAAGUGUAUCUUUUCCAUAGCAAAUUGCCAGGUGCAUAGAUUUAGUAGAUCGUUUAAACUUUAUUAAAUAGAGAGGAAAACACACACACGAGGAACCUCCCUGUUCUGUGUACUCUCAACAUGUUAUAAAUAUACUGUGUAUUUCUCUUUCCAAUUGACUGCUCCCAUCAAAAGAUGCCAGCCUAAGGGAUUCAUAGAGUUUUCACAUCCCUAGCACAGCACUGAAGGACAGAAAAGGACAGCAGUCACCAGAUGCUGAUUAUUCUGAGGAAGCACCCUCCUUAAUGCAAUUAUAUUUCUAUUAGAUGCUUCAGCAUUAUGUAAAGAGACAUUGUCAGCUAGUUCAAGGCUCAAAAUGUAUUUAUUUGUUGUUAAGGUAAUUUAUAAAACCGUAGAAAUGUGUUCUCCCUGAACUGAGGAAAAAAAACAACUUUAGAUUGCAGGGUGGUCAGGGACUGCUCGCAAAGCAGGGCUAAUAAAGAAGGGCAAAUAUUAUAUUCACUUAGGACCUUCUAUCCAAGGAAUUAAAUCAGACUUUAAUGAGUUAAGCCUUCCAGUCCCCUUGUGAAGUAGAUCAACAGUUGUUAUUUUACAAGUGGAGAAGCUGGGACACAGAGACAUUAAGUGACAUGACCGAGGCUACACAGUGAGUCUGUGGCAGAGCAUGUCUCCUGCUCCAGUGACAUAAGUGAGGAUAUAAGUCCUCUUGUUUCAGGUAUUACGUUCUUCCAGGAUUGCUGUCAUGGUUCUUAAAGUCUUCUUCCCCUCUUGCUGUGCCACAGCAGAAAGUGGCCUUUUGAUUGGCCGUUGGAUCCCAGAACAGAACUCUGCUGUUGUCCUCGCUGUGGUCCACUUCCCUUUUAUUCCUGGCCAGGUGAAGCAGUAUCUUUCUGAGGUCCAGCGGGUGACUCAGGUCAAUAUGUGUGUGCUGGGCUCAUGGAGUAACAGCAAACAGGAGAAGGAAGAGGUCCUGGACAAGUUCCUGGAAGAUCUCAGCACAAUCUUUUCCCAUGAGCCCUGGAUACAGCUCAACAAAGAGAGAGACAGUAGGGUAUGGAGCUGCUGUAUCUUUCAGAAAUACCCUAGCAGCCCCAAGGAAGAUGAAUUCAUCUUAGUAUAUUAUGACCAGCGCAAAGUAAUGCUUUCACAGUUGCAUCCCACAGACAACCUGACCACGUCUGCUGACCAUAAGGGAAAUGAUGCCUCAAAACUAGGUGCUGUGUUUGAGACAGUUGCAAAGAGCAAGGUACUAUUCAUGACAGACAGAUACGAUGAUGGGCCCAUCAAGCUGACUCACUGGCAGUCAGAAGGAGUGGAAGCCAGUAUUAUCGUGGAGCUGAUGAAGCAGGCUUCUGUCCCUGUGUGUAUGCUGCUGACAUUCCUGCUUUCACUUGUCUCCAGUGUCUAUAAAAGCAGAGUGCUGAAGCUUUGGCCUUUGUCUUUCAUCUGGAGUAAACUCUCAACUUGUGAACAAUUGGGGCACCGACUGGAGCACCUCCAGAUCAUCAGCAGCAACAGGAAGGCUCAGAACCAGACGCAACUAAUGAGGAAAGCAAACAUCUUUGUUUCUCUCCUCAUUGACAUGGCUCUGGGAAUACUGCUAAUGUCCUGGCUGUACAGAGAGAAUCGGAUUGGUCAGCUUGCCGACACACUCAUCCCAGUGGCUGAUCAUAUAGCCAAAGAGCUCCAGGACCUGCUUCAGUGGCUAAUGGGAGUGCCAGCCGGUUUAAAAAUGAACCGGGCAUUGGACCAGGUGUUAGGCCGGUUCUUCCUUUAUCACAUUCACCUGUGGAUUAGCUAUAUCCACCUGAUGUCUCCAUUCAUUGAGAUGAUCCUCUGGUAUGUUGGCCUGUCAGCCUGUCUGGGCCUGACUGUAGCGCUUUCCAUCCUCUCUGACAUCAUUGCACUCCUGACCUUCCAUAUCUACUGCUUCUAUGUCUAUGGAGCCAGGCUCUACUGCCUGAAGAUCUAUGGCUUGUCAUCUCUCUGGCGCCUGUUCCGCGGGAAGAAGUGGAAUGUCCUGAGACAGCGGGUGGAUUCCUGCUCCUAUGACUUGGAUCAGUUAUUCAUUGGCACUUUGUUAUUUACAAUCCUGCUGUUUCUUCUGCCCACAACUGCACUGUAUUACUUGGUGUUUACCCUGCUUCGUCUGCUGGUGGUGGUUGUGCAGGGCCUGAUCCAUCUGCUCGUGGACCUCAUUGACUCUCUGCCCCUUUAUUCAGUCAUCCUUCGGCUCUGCAGAUCCUACAGACUUGCAGCUGGCGUGAAGUUCAGAGUCCUUGAACAGAAGGCUGGAAAACCCCUUCGACUCUUAAUGCAGAUAAAUCCUCUGUCCUAUGGCAGCGUGGUGCAGACGUACAGGCUCCCAACCUAUGCUUGUUACCCUAAGGAUUCCUGGAGCUCUCUGUGCAAGAAGCUGUUUGUUGGAGAGCUGAUCUACCCUUGGAAGCAUAAAGGGGAGAAGCAGGACUAAAGGGAAGCAAAUGAGCCAGGCCUGAAAGAAUGAGCCAAAAACCACCGUUCAAACCCACUCACGGCUCCCAGGCCCAGUGAGCCUGGACCCAGCAGCUGCUAGCUGGGACAAUACUGUCAAAUCCUCUGCUGAGACUUUGGUAAUGUGCGAGGAGGGGCUUCAUUUUAAAUGGGAGUGUUUUUAUAUAAUCUCCUUCAGCUUUCCCCUUCCUAUAUGGCCCCAUCCAGCUGACUUGGUUUCCAGGCUGUUCUCUGUUAAUGAAGUGUUAUUCCACCCUAGAUUACACUGUUCCUGCCUGGCAGCACUAGGGGCCAGAGGUUUAACCCUUCAGUGCCUCUCCACAGCAGCAUACCAUGUAAGCCAGGGAAUAGCUCCUGAUUGGCCUGAUGGUCUGUUAGUCUUUCUAUGUAAGUUCAUGGGGCCAUAUUAAAGCUGCCCUGGGACCUGAGGGUGAUUAAAGCCAAAACGCUGAGGUGGAUUAUUACAUCCAGGUAUUCUGGACCUUUCAAAUUCAUGUGUUCAAGCCAAUUCAUCAAAUGCAUGCUCCCAAACUGGAUGGUCAGCUUGGAAACAGUACUGGUAUGUAGCUGUCCCAUUUGUCCCAUUGCUUUUUCUUUGGUAGUAGAAUUGGCUUUAUCCCACUGCAGCACCAUAGCAAGGGUGAGCAUAGAAAAAAUGUAGCAUGGAGGCCAGAAAACACACACUGCUCUGGGACCAUGCCUAACCCACCAUUUACAGCAGGGACAGACAGAGGUAGGGUUUCACCACAAAAAAUCAUCUUUGGCCUAAAUAUUCUUAAUGGACUAGUGAUGUUGGAUGCGUCUGUUUCUCAGUGCCCAAUCUGAGACCCUUUAAAGGAGCCUGAUUUUUGGACAGUCCAGACCCUGUAACGGCUCACAAAAUCGGCCUCUAAAACUACUAGUUGCUUUGGAAAAUGUAGACCCCAUUUCUUAAGAAUACUUUUCUUGCUUACGGUACUAACCUCCAGAUCACAAUGAAAACAAUGGUCUCUUUCUCUGUCAGAUUUUAAGUACAUACACAUUAUGGUGUCUGUUCCCCUUUCAAAGUGUUCCUCCUAUUAACCCGAAUGGGAAAUACAUUAAUGUGUUGGC